AUGGCAGAACCAAACCCCUUCCCCUCUGCUGAGGAGACGAUCAAUCACCCCGCCUAUCCUGGGGCCGUCUGGAAUCUUGAGCCUCACAAGAAGGGCCUCCUCCCCUGCGCCAAAGACCGCGGCGGCCCGGUCAACAUCUCAUGGGAGGUUCACGGUGAUGGGCCCCGCAAGAUCAUUCUCAUCAUGGGCCUCGCUGGUCUCGCGACAUCCUGGCAGCGCCAAACCAAAUAUUUUGGCCACGACCACGGCACUGAGAACUCCGUGCUCCUCAUCGACAAUCGCGGCAUCGGCCUCUCGGACAGCCCCCUGCAGCGCUACACCACGUCGCAGAUGGCCCGCGACGUUCUCGAGGUCGUCGACCACCUUGGCUGGACGGCCCCGCGCUCCCUCCACAUCACGGCCAUCUCUCUUGGCGGCAUGAUCUCGCAGGAGCUCGCCGUCCUCAUCCCGGAACGCAUCGCUUCCUGGACCCUCUUCUGCACGGCUGCCACCAUGGAAACCAACAAGACCAUCAUAUCCACCCUGCGUGAGCGCCUCACGCUCCUCGUUCCCAAGUCCGCAGAGCAGGCCAUCCGCGAGACCGCCGACCGCCUUUUCACCAACGACUGGCUCAUCGCCCCGGAUGAGGCCGCCGAUGUCCCCAUCCCCGGCACGACGCCCCGCUGUGGGCCUCCGCCCAGCGGCGAUCGCUACGUCCCCUUUGUGUCCAACUACCAGCGCUUCCAGGCGCAGGAGCUCACGAAGCGGCUCGACAAGAGGCUCUUCUCCGUCAAGGGGUUCCUCAUGCAGCUCGUUGCCGCAGGCUGGCACGACAAGUCGCCUGAGCAGCUCAAGGCGCUGGGCGACAUUAUCGGUCGCGAGAGGAUCGCCGUCGUGCACGGCGAUCGAGACAACAUGAUUGACCUGCGCCUCGGCAAGCUGCUCAUGGAGCGGCUGCAGCCGUCGGUGGCGCUCAUCGUCGAGGGCAUGGGUCAUGCCCCCGUCAUGGAGAGGGUCGAGUGGUGUCGGGAUUUCAUGGCGGAGCGGAUGGCGGUCGGAGAGAGGCUGAACGAGACAUCCGAAACUUAA